GGACUAUUUCCUGUGUUUCCUUUGAGAUGAAACUGGAGGAAUGGGCUCUGCUUGCUUCGUAGGCCGGUGUAAGGGUUUGACAACCUCACAAGUACGGAAGCGCUGAUGUUUUUCUACGCGUUAUUGCCCUUAUUUUGGGCUGUUGCUAAGGCACAUCUCUUUCAAUUUGAAAUUAUUUCAAAUGCAUCUACCUAUUAUUUCAAUUAUGUUUAUUGUAACAUAUGGGAGGGCGAGUGUCAACCGAAUCAAGAUGAUGCAACUCAACAAGUACCUACUAAGAACCCGUGGGCAGGAUUCCCUCAAGAUUACAUGAGUUUGCUGUCUCAGUGGUAUUGCAGCCUGGGGCAGUGCUGUGAGUCAGGGGAUUGUCGGAUAACAAAUAAUAUUACAGGUCUGGCUAAUGAUCUACAGUUUAAGCUUCAUGGGCAGCACAUUGCCCAGUCUGUAGUUCUAAAGGCUGUGCAAGGCUUCGUCAAUGACCCUGAUUCCAAUAAGCCAUUGACACUGUCCUUCCAUGGGUGGUCUGGAACGGGCAAGAACUUUGUAGCCCGGAUUGUAGCUGACAACUUGUACCGGGACGGAGUAAAGAGCGAAUGUGUGCGUCUGUUCAUUGCCCCAUUCCACUUCCCCCAUGCCAGACUGGUUGACACGUACAAGGGCCAGCUCAGAGAAGCUAUUCGGGACAUGGUGCUGCGUUGUCCACAGACACUUUUCAUCUUUGAUGAGGCUGAGAAACUGCACCCAGGCCUUAUAGAUGCCAUUAAGCCCUAUAUGGACCAUUAUGAUAACGUGGAUGGGGUCAGCUACAGGAGGGCUGUCUUCUUAUUCCUCAGUAAUAUUGGUGGGGCAACCAUCAAUGAUGUGGCGUUGGACUUCUGGCACUCAGGGCAGAACCGAGAGGACAUUGGGAUGGAGGAUUUGGAACAUCGUCUACGAGCUGAAGCUAUGGAGUCUGAAGGGGGCUUCGCACAGAGUGAGCUAAUGUCAGGCCACCUUAUUGACUUCUUUGUGCCCUUCUUGCCACUGGAGUACCGUCAUGUCAAGCUCUGUGCACGUGAUGCCUAUUCAGCGCGGGGUCUUGAACCAGAUGAGGAAACCCUGGAUGAAGUAGCAAAGGCUAUGCUGUAUGUUCCGAAGGAGGAGAGGUUAUUCUCUUCCCAAGGCUGCAAAUCCAUACCACAGAGGAUCAAUUUCUUUCUCCCCUAAAAAGACUAAUACAGUCCAGAAAACAGUGUUUUAGCAAAAAUGGUCUUGCUGACAUAUUGAACAUUGUUACAAUGGCGCAUGUUGAUCAGACAUGGUGUGUUUGUCACACUACACUGCCAAGAAAGGAAGUAUAUGACAUCUGGCUCUAGUAACAUUCUGUCCUUCUAUUAUAAAAAAUUUUCAUUUCAUCCUGCUAAUUAUGCACUGAUUUUAAGUCAAGCUCAGGUGAACUCUGUAGUGUUAGUGCAUGAACGUCUUUAUUUCUUAUCACUGAGGAUAUGUUACAACUAGCAGAUGGCACUUUGAAUCCCAAAGCAAUAUUGUAUAUUACAAUACACUAGAUACAAGAUAAUUGCUCCUUUUUAUACCAAUUGAAUAUUAUUUCUAGAUUGGCACAUAGAUUGCUUAUUUUACAGGUUGACUAAACAUUCCCAGGCUACAGUGAGAUAUUAGAUUCCAGUUGCCAUGGUGCCUUUAUGGCAGCCUAGGCUUUUAUUGAUUUUUCUUGAAUAACUUUUCGUUUUUGAGUUGCUGAACAUCUUAUAUUUUUUCCCUUUCAUCUGUAAAUAUUGAACAGAAAUUGUACUUUUCUGCAAUCAACUCAGUGGAGCUAGUUGAUUUUCUUUUGAAUAUUUGUAUUAAAAACCUGCACUGAGCUUUCACCUAUUAUCUGGAGAUCUACAAAGGACUGAAAUGAAGGACAUUCAGAUCUACUCUGGAGUGUUUUUUUUAAGUUUUGGGAGAACUGAACCGUUGUGAUUGUGAUCAGCUUGGGGAGCGACUUCUUUGACUUGGAUUCCUUCAGGUUGGGACCGGACAUCGAAGAGGACAGGGUGUAAGUGGAGGGCGGGUCGACGGCUUUGGAGAAGUCACAGUCGGAUGGCAGAGAUGGCGGGGUGCUGGGGGACCAAGAGCUGGAUGGGCUGUGCUGCCUGCCUCUGGAGGACCUGCUCGUCUUCCUCGUUGAACACAUUUGUGCACACUCUGCUCGGGCCUUGUUCCUCUUGAUGAUCACGCUGGCUACUGUGGAUCUUCAGAUCUGUCUUUAUCGUAGUUCUUUUAUUUUAUUUUGCUUUUUCAUGUGCUUUGUGAUUAUAUUCUAUAAUGAAAAGCGCUGUUGAAGUUGAAUAAAUUAUUUUAUUUCCUAUCUGCUGAAUAACUAUAACUGAGGUUUGAAAUAAUUAUGUGCAAUAAUACAGCUUACGUUGUUAAAACACUUGAACUAAAUAGCCUGUGAAUUCCAAAUGAUUAACAACCUUUUGAAGAUGUGAGUGUAAUAUGUAUUGUAACCCUACAAUUGUUUUCAUCCUGAAGUAUUGACUGUUGCAUUUAAUUGAUAUAAGUUGCAAGUCCAAGAAUGCUUUUUUUGUCGAAUGGAAUGUGUUAACUUGCACAAAAUAGCUCAUUGUCAUGUCAGCAAGUCUGUACUUUGUGUUAUGAUAUUCAAGUCUUCUCUCAAUGUUUAAAUUGUAUGUAGCUUUAUUCACUGUAAAAACUGAAUUCUGAAUAUUCUGCCUAUGAUGUUGCUUAUAAUACUGUGCCCUUCUUAUUUUUUGCUAUUUAAUUUCCAUUUUCCUUAUAUUAUUGAGUGUUAAACUAAGGUAUGUAAGUGGCAGUGGUGUAGGGACACUCAGAAUAGGCAAAUACAAGUUAUUUUCUGAAAAUUAAAAAACUUGUUUUUAAA